UUGCAGGCGUGAUUCUCUUGCAGUUUGAAUAAAAAGGACUUGUUUACACAGCUAUCUGGCUUGACAACAAAGGCCGGAGUAGGGGGAUGUCGCUGUAUCGGGCUGCUUUUUAUAGAUAGCCCAAGUCUGCCCUCUGUUCACGUGGUUCAGGGAAUACAACAAAGGCUGCAGGUGUAUUUUUGCUGCGCCGUAUACACCGUGCACUAAAGAAGCAGAGGUUUAUUGAGUGUAUGGUGCAGUAGGCAGUAGGAAGGCGGCGUGCAGGGAGGACUGACCGGGACACAAAGAACAGCCAGUUGUUUGUUUGUUUAGGGAGGAAUCCAAGCUGGAGUUGUGAGAAAUGGAAGACAGACACGUAGUGGAAUGCAAAUAAGAAGUGGAACAAGUGCAGUGAAGUUACAGAACAUUUUUGAGUGAAUUGAGGCCCUGAAGAGCUGCAAUAUUGACAAUACUGCAGUAUUAUCUCAUGGUGACUUGGGUGUGUGUGCGUAGCCCUUUGCUAGAGGAGGCUUUCCUUGGGACUGUGAGGCAGCAGAGCAUGGCAGCAUAUGCUGACAAGUAGCACAGACUGAGGUAAAGGCAGGCAGUGCGGCAGCCACAGAUUUCCUCUACUGUGCCCUGAGUGACGUCAAGAUGGGAGGAGCUGUCAGCACUGGAGUGGACAACGAUGACCUUGUGGAUAACCUCAAGGCUGCUAACUACAUUGUUACCCCCCUCUUGGAGCGAGUCUUCCGUGCCGUGGACCGCGGGGAUUACUUCACGGCAGAGAACAGGGAACAAGCCUACCGCGACAAUGCAUGGAAGAAGGGAAACCUGCACCUGUCUGCUCCAUGUAUAUAUGCAAAGGUGAUGGAAGGUCUUCAGCUUGCCCCAGGCCACUCCUUCCUGAACCUGGGCUCUGGUACCGGCUACUUGUCCACCAUGGCUGGUCUCAUUGUUGGUCCCACUGGGGUGAAUCAUGGGGUGGAGCUUCAUGCUGAUGUGCUCAAGUACAGCUUGGAGAGGCUAGAGAAUUUCAAGAAGAAUUCACCUGCCAUCGAUGCUUUCAACUUCUGUGAACCACAGUUUGUUCAAGGCAACUGCUCAUGUUUGCCUCCAGAUGUUCGCUUGUACGACCGUGUGUACUGUGGCGCCUCAUGUCCGGAGAGUAGAGAGGAGUAUAUGAAAUCCCUCAUCAAGCCUGGAGGUGUGCUGGUUAUGCCCAUCAAUGACCAGCUGGUGAAGAUGACCCGUAGUGGACCCGACACCUGGGAUAUCGUGUCCCUUCUCCCCGUCUCUUUCUCCUCCUUAGUCAUGCCGGACCCUAACCAUCCCCCGGCCACUGUCAUCCUACCCUCCGUCAACUUGUUCUCAGACCUGCAGAAUCUUUGCCGCCAGCAGAUCCGUGCCAUACUGCGUGCUAAUAUAGACAUCGAGCGGCCGGAUCUCUCCACUGCUGCCAACAAGCCUGUUGCCAAGCAUCCCAGACCCCGUGACCGCAGGCGUGUGUGUGUUGGCCCCUACGUCACCAUACCAUUCUAUGAGGCAGAUGAUGAUGAGGAUUCCCGCAUGCUUUCUGAUGACGACGAUGGGGAUGACCUUCACUUUGAGCAGAGGCACACAGCCCACCAGAUCUCUACUUUCAUCGAGCUCGCACGGGAGUUGGCUGGGCAGGGGAGGCGGGAGAGAGAGGACAGGAGGAAUCAGGAUGAGGAAGAAGAAGGGAGUAAUGAUGAGGAACUAGAGGAAGAGAAUGAGGAUGAAGAUGAUGAAGAGGAAGCCAGUAAUUCAAAGACUAAGAAGAUUUGCAGUAGUUCACACUCAGAGGAUGUCCAGGAAGCCCAAAAGGAAGCAGAAUCAAAUAAUGAGAACACUGAUGGGGAUGAAGAUGUGGAGAUGCCAACUCGGAGCUCCUUCCUCAAGAGUAUGAAGACUGUUGUCCAUGCUUCUGCUGCUGCUGCUGCUGCCACCUCCGCUGCCACCUCCUCCUCCUCCUCCUCCUCCACUUCCUCCUCUGCUGUUGUUGUGCACUCGGCCCCCAUCCCAGUCCUGACCCCAACACCUGCCACGCCAUCCAAGGCCAGUAAGAAACGCGAAAAAUUUGAUAGUGGAGUUGGUGACGAGAUAGAGAAUGGAAAAGGACCCAGCUCAGAGGAAUCCGACUUUGGAGACGAACGUGACAUGGACAUAGAUGACUCCUCUGACUCGGCCUAUUCUGACAACUCUGCCCCGCGUCUCAUGAACUACUUGCUGGAUCCAGAUGACCCGAACUGCCCCUGUGGCGGCAACUGUGGUGAAUCCUUUAAGGAGAAGAAGGUUGCCAAACAAAAGAAAGGAGAUGAAGAUGAAGAGGAAGGUGAAGAGGCAGAGGGGAAUGAGGAGGAUGGGGAGAGUAAGGAAGAGGGGGCCACCUGUAAGAAAGCUUCUGCUACAGAAAUAUACUCUACUUACAUGAAGGAGAAGAUCAAACUGCUUCCACUCCCUCUGGCCCUUAAGCUGUACCUGAACUACAAUCGAGAGUUAUAAGUGUGGUGGGGGGGCCAGUGCUGGCACCCCACACCCCCCCCUGUGCCCAAGUCCCCAACAUUCUGUGUUAACUGGGAACUGUGUCAUAAUAAGAUGGCAGCAGGUGAGAGGCUGAUGCAUGCUUUAUGAACAAGAUUACUCAUCAGUGGUCCUAUAAAGUGUACAAACUCACAAAACUGUUAUUCCUGCCACUGAACAUGUCCUACUCGCAUGACCGUUCCACACACCACACGCUACAAGAGGCACACACCAGCCUUGGGGAUGCUCACACACCACACACUGCAAGCAUACUCAAGAUGGAAAUAAUAAAAUGAAGAGUGACAAGGGUAUGGACUAGUGUCUUUCCAUUUGUCAAGUUGCUCGCUGGCAUGUUUGGCCGUUUGCAUUCCGCACAGAUGCAGGUGACUGAGCACAUGUUCGUGAAGCAGCAGUUAGUGUAUAAAGAUAUAUAUAAAUGAAUAUAUAUAUAAAUAUAUAUUAUAAUAUAGAUGGUUGCAGUGUUAUAUAGGAGUUUGGCAGAUUUAUAUUGACAGAAAUGUCUUAUUUAUUGAAUCUGUAGUCAUGCCAAGUGUUAUCGUAACACUGGAACACAGUACACAGUGUAUGGCCGUGUUGUGAAUCCAUGCUAGCUGGAAAUGUACCUAACUUAUUGUAUAUGAUAUGUGUAUGGCAAUUUUUGUUCACAAUUUUCUUUAUCUAUAUACAGUUAUACAAUUUUGCAUCUAUAUUUCUUAGUCUGGGCUUUUAUAUGAUAAGAAGCCUGACUGAUUGAGGAAGUAAAUGUAUUGGUUGGCCAGAGGGUGAGUGGAGACUGAAGCAGCAGAUGGGAGGUGACAGUGGAGUGAAGGUGCUGGAUCUUGUGGUGAUGUGCAAAGAAUGGAGAUUAUAUGGAAGUCAGUUGGAGGUGCAGGAAUUUGUGAUGAUGUGGUAGAGAAUUGGAGACUAAGGGAACUUGUGAUGAUGUGGUAGAGAAUUGAAGACUAAGGGAAUUUGUGAUGGUAUAGAGGAAAUGUGUUGAAGUAGAGGUUUUCUGAUGAUGUGGGAGAAAAAUGGGGACUAGAUGAUUUUUUGGUGAUGUGGAAGGUGAGUGGAAAUUGAGAGAUGUUACGAUGUUAGAGUCAUUUACUCAAAGAGUAUCUUUGCAAUAUAACAGGAUGGCAUUAUCUGUCAAGUUCAACACUAUAUUUGUAUGUAAUGAUAAACUUGUAGGUGUAAGAGCAAAUAGUUACUUCAGGACCAAAGCUUUGCAGAGACAUGGAAAAAAAAAGAAAAAUUAAAAAAGAAAAAUAUUCCUGUGAGUUGACUGUUAUUGAUAUGUCACAGUGUUGAUACCAAGUGAAUAUUGCCACAUGAGUUAUUUCAAUACUGUAUUGUUAACAGAUACUUUUUGGUACAAUUAAUUGAUUUGUUUGCAUUUUGAGAUAGAUAUACAGUAUUGGAAUUUUCAUUUGCUGUGAAAGAAAAAUAUUUAUCUCCAUAUUUUGCCAAUGCUGGAAGCUUAGCUUUGAUCCAUAAUGAAUUAAUAAAUUUUACAAAGUC